AUGCGGAUUCUGCGCAGACACAAAUCACUCCGGAUUCUGGCGUGCAUUGGCCUCUUGACUGUAGUCCUGCAUUACUUGUUUUUGUUAAAGAAUGCCUCCUCAAACCGACGUGCAGCAACUUUGGGCGACCCCGUCAGCUCCUCAAAGGGAUUGGAGCCUCUCAUAUUCGUCGGCGGAUAUCCUCGCAGUGGUAAGUUUUGGAGUAUACUUGAGUGUCAUCAUACACAUUGGUAUACUGCUUUUAUUGACUUUGACUACAGUAAUCCCAAUUCCGAAGUAAUGCUCAUGUUCAAAACCGAAAAUUAGCAACGGUAUAGUGAAGAACCCUACUUCACUGUCAUUAGACUGCGGAUCGUGCCUUAUGGGGUUUUAUCAUGGCAUGCAUUUGCAGGCUGUUGCAGAAAUUACACUACCAACAACGACUAUUACCCACGACCUCACAUCUUAACUCAAAAUCCGUUAUUUUGUGAAAUUAAAUUUUUGUUUAUUGUUCAAUUACUACUCUCACUACCGUUGUCGAUCAACAGCGUAGGAUAAGAUUUUCACUGUAUAUUCAGGCAAUUUCUGUGUUUUCUUUCAUUGUAUCAACUCACUGUCUAGCGUUCUGCCCCACGCAUAAAACUCCCUUUGCCAUAAGUCACGUAUGGCACCGACAGUUAAGUAAAGAUCUUCUCUAUACCAUUGCGCGAAAAUUGAUGACGAUUGCCCAAAACUAGGGGAAGUCUGAUCAACAGCAUUGUACGCUGGUUUUGUCUUAAAAGGGCUGCUGGAAAAAUCGAGUUUUGAAGCGCAAACUUAGUUGUGGAAUUGCUUUCAACAGAAGAAAAACGUUUUCAUGACUCAUUACGUAGACAUGGCCAAGUGCUGCUUAUCAAGAGCAGAAAAAUACUUAAUAAAUAUGAGAUGGACACGGCCACCGAAUUGUCUGAUAUAGUUAAGAAAAGAUAUAUAAAGCGUUGGGAGUGGGCAAAUCGCUCUGGAAAACACUUUUUGACGUAUAUAGAAAGCCAAAAGCUUUCUUGUGUAGAUUGCACAUAAUGUUCUCGCGAUCUAGUGAUCAGCGCUUUGAUUACAUGCAGAUCAAACAGAGCCUCCACGUUAAUCGCAUAUUUAAGGCAAUUUCGAAUGACCCCUUUUCAAAAAGCUUCAUUUUCUAACCUGCAAUGUACAUUCGUCAUCGUCUCAUGAGUCAACGUAUUUAUGAGAAAUAUUUGUUCCGAGCCAAAUGCCGUCAGAACGACGACCCUAAUUUUAUGGUUUUCUCUUCCUGAAAAAUCAGUCCGCAUCUGUUUGUGCCUGUAUGAGUCUAGGGCCGACUGGGUUUAUCAGCGAGCUGCAUUCCGAGAGCAUCACACUACAUCUACCGUUGCCGUCUCGACUAGUCAUCCAUUAAUCAAAUGCCCACUAGCCACUUUCGGGCAUCAUCCAGCUUGGUCCUUUCCACCCUACCAAUACACUUAGCUGCUCCUACUUGCGUUUCCGUCCAUCUUCAACGCUUACUUUCGAUCUAAUGGGCUCUGGAAGUCGCUAGUCAAGUAAAUUGUUCCACCCCUUUGCAUCCUGCAUGCUUUGUUUCCAUGUCCUCUCCUCCUCCUCCUUCUCCGACUCCCGCUCCUACUCCUCCCUCCCUCCCCUCCUUCUAACCACUCCACCUGCCUCAUUUUCUCUGAUUCAAACAUGCAACAAACAGGCCAUCUAUGCGCGUUGAGCGUAGUCAGGCAACAGUCUGCAUCCCGCCGGUACUCGCCUACCUCCCAUAAACCCUUGUGUGGUUGCAACUAAACCCUGACAAAUGCGUAGACAGUCGGAGGAGAAAGAAACCCACCAGGCAAGCGAUUUGAAGGCCGUCAUAUACAUCCGGCAGAAUGGACCACUCACCGCUACUUCUGUGCAGCUGCGUUUGUUUAAAGCAUUUAGGCUGACAUGCGACUCGACUUCUGCAGGUGCGUGUUCCUUGCUUCUCCCGAGCUGCCCGUGAGAGCUUUUUAAAAUUGCACGGAGAUGGGGUUUUUGAGGGGCGAUCAUAGGUCGGCAUAUUGAUGCAGGUCAAGUGGAGUCAAAGUAGAAAGUCUCGCCGCACGUUUGACUAGCCCUGAGUCCACAUUGUGGCUGAUUAUACAAGGGUCUUAAACAUACCGUUUGAAAGAUUAAACUCAUCAUUUUUUACCGUCUGACUACUACUUAGCAGGCUACGCAUUUUUUGUCAAAAUAUUUACCUUUGUCUGUUAGAGUCACUUUUAUUUGGCGGAAGAUAAUAAGCAUUACAGGUGGGAUACAGGCAUGUCUAGUACUGUAACCGGUUUUGUGAACGCCCCUUUCUGAAGAAUAAAACCGGAUUCCGGAAGCUUUGCCAAUAAAAAUACGGUCGUUCAGACACAUUAAAAAGUAGUUGUCACCAAGAGCAAUACUUAGAAAUCAAACUUCAAUGGACAGUAAGCAUUCCUUUUUCCGCCAGAGUUUGAAUUCACGUGCGUGGGAUCCCGAAGAACAUUGAACAUAUUCGGUCUUCCCAACAUGCACAAAAUUCUUGCCCGCCAUUAUAUCUAUAUAAGUGCAUAAGUCACGUUUCCUAUCAUGACAGACUGUUGAAUUUUUUAAUAUUUCGUGGAGGAAACGUACCUGAGAAUUGUGAGCAUAGUUUUGCGAACAGUUUCAAUUUUAUGUAAAAUAAAGAAAACUCAAUAUUCAUAAAUGUUUUGGCAGUUUUUAAAAAGUCAUAUUAACUCAGUUGUAAAAAACUCGGUUCCACGGUGGAAAUCGAACCCACGACAGUAAGGGAAAAGCUUUGGUACAGCCAGACGCUGCAGUAGGGCAGGCGAGUUACUUGACCCAGAUUUGAUUAAACUCGCGUCGCCUGGCAGGGUCUCGUAGCUCAGGUGGUUAGAGCGUUGCCUGUACUAAAGCCUCCUCCUUACUGUCGUGGGGCUCGAAUCCCGCCGAGGCGCCGAGUUUUCCACAGUCGGGUCAAUAUGGAGACUCCAUAUAUUAUUAUGUAUCACAAAAUAAUUGCGCCUGUACAUGCACCAUUAUUAAUUAAAUAUGUCUACCAUCUAGCAACUGAGAUCCAAUAUUUUCGGGGAUUUUUCUAAACGAAGCCCAUUAAAAACACACUGUACCGUUUUAACGCAGCUUACUGGUGCCUUCUAAUGUAAAAAACCUCGCUUGCUGUAGAAGACAUUUGCAAAAGUUGUAAAGUUACACUCAAAAUGGCUUGGAUGAGGUAAAGAGUAUUUAGGGUCGUAUUUAUUAUGCCCGUCAUUUCGGCUAAUUAAAAGAAGCGUCCACAUUUAUUCAAAAAAAACAAUCUGUAACGAAACCACUGAUAUUAACCACAGAAUACUUUUUGUGCUAAAUUUGACUUUCCCAUGCAACCAAGUUGAAAGCAAACCUGCAGCAAUAUAUAGGUAUCGAGAAUGCAUAACGGCAAGUGUAGUUUCGACCCAAUUCCCUGACUGUGAUCUAAUCCGGUCAGUUCACUUUUGCCCUUUCGCCUUGGCAAACGUCUUCGCGGCCAAUAUAGGCAGCCAAACAUCCACUUGAGCAAACAAACAUAAAAUCAGACAGUACUGAGAACAGUGAACUCCCUGAAGUCCGACUGUCCACAAACUGGGUCUUCACAUCCCAACCAUUCCGAGCAAUUUUUAUUGUAAAAUCUACAUGUAAAAGGUACAGAGUCCCGUGUCAUAGGUGACACCUUCCCUGGCAAUUAAAAAUCCCAUCAUUUUGACGUUAAAAGCAUUAACUAGUUAGCCUUGCUGAAAUUUGUUUGUACAAAACUUACCCACUUAGAUUUGAACUUCGGCAAGCCACUCAAUCCUGACAUAUUAUUAGAAUUUACUAAACAAACAUCCGUUAUCGCGUGAUUGACUGUUUUUAUAGAAAGAACGAUAGUAUUUAUUAAUGCCGCCCCUUGUCCCGAGAAUUCCGAUUCAGUCUGCCUUCAUUUGGCGUCCAGCAAUUGGAGCAAGCUGGUUCUCGCAAACGUGCGUUUUCAGUAAGCAGGUGUGGGCACGUUCUGGUUACCUUCCAUGAAGCCGACGCGCGUAUUCAGGUGCCCAUGCCUAGGAGUGACAGGAUACUAAUUGCUUUUCACCUUAACUGGUGACAAUUUCUCACUCUGUCUGUCAAACAGUCAUAGCAACCAAAGCAAAACAGACGAAAAUAAACAGACCGGCUCACUUAAUUCCAAUGUUGUCUAUUAGGGCACCGACUUUGGUUGACAUGACUGGCUGAAAGAUAGAUUAAAUUUUAGAGUACUUCUUGCCCAUUCUAGUCUGUCUUAAAUGGCAUUAGCUUUCGGAAAACUCCUAUCUGCUACCCAACCCGCUAAUCUACCUGUAAAAGGAAGGCGAACCUCCAGAGAACCGAAGUACUAACAACUAGACUGAAAGCAACAGGACCCAUUCAAGAAUCUCUUUGAGUAAUGCAAUGAGGUCCACUUCUACAAGGAUAUUACUAUCCGAACGCGGCACUGAACAAUUGGUCGACCGGCUUUUCAGGGUUUGGGGAGUCUUAAGCCUGAGUCCUGACCAUAUGCAACCAAAAAAUUGUUAAUUAAAUUGUUUUUGCGCACGUUAAAGACCUGCUGAUAUCUUUGAAAUAGGUAUUUUGAAGUUACCGCAUACAAUUUUGCUAAAAUUUACUAAAUCAGAUAGUUGAGCGAGAAAUAUCGACGUGCUGCCUUUGCUUUAUCUACAAUUUCAUCAUUACAUACUAACCGACUGGGACACAAUUCAUUUAGUUGAUUUGAUGACAAGCUGUCGCAGAGGAAUUACCAACAUUCUUGACAAAAGCUGCAGAACCCACAACUAUCCUGACCGUUCAAUGUUUAUAGGCAAACGAGGCUGAAAGUUACGUUUGGUUUAUCAUAAGACAAAAUUCAUCAUGAACGCUGUGGCAAAAAUAAAUUGGCAACGGUAUGGAGAAGGACCCCACUUAACUGUUAGUAGACUGUGGAUCGUGCCAUACGUGAUUUAUGAUAGAGGGAAUUUUACUGGUGGGGCAGCACGCUCACAGUAAGCUGACAAAAUGAAAGAAAACACAGAAAUUGCCUGGAUUUUAGCCAAAAGUCUUAUCUUAAAUGAGAGUAGUAAUUAAACAAUGAACAAAAAGCAAAUUUCACAAAAUAACGAAUUUUGAGUUCAGAUGUGAGGUCGUGGGGAGUAACCGUUGUUAGUAGUGUAAUUUCUGCAUCAGUCUGCAAAUGUAUGCUAAGAUAAAACCCCUUAUGACACGAUCCACAGUCUGUCGACAGUUAAGUAGGGUCCUUUUCUAGACCGUUGCCAAUAAAUUCAAACAAGUUUUUUUGCAAACAACCACACAGAAGUAAAAAAACAGAGCUUGGAAUUGGGCUCAGCGAAGAGGAGCCAGACUGAUUUCUCACCGCCUUGCCUAACUAUGCCGUCGAUAUGCUCUAUCCAUUUAAUGUUACGCUGUUUUUACCAGUCCUGCCUAGUAUUCUAAUAUAGACCAGGCAAGCAGACACCAAGAAGGGGGUUAGUAGGUUACCAGAGGUGUGUUUUUUAAGUUGACCCAAAUAUGCACGCGGCAUCCAAAGCCAUGAACUGAAAAUCACCCAGAGUUCCAAAACAGUGGACCUGUAAGAACAGGAAAAGAAGGUGACAUAUUGCUAGUUGGCCUAAACGUCGGUGAUGAAAGCAUGCAAGGGGCAUCGUUCUAAUCAGAACCAGUGUCUUUGGGAAACAAUUUUUUAACCGAAGGAGAAAGAAAUCAUCCCAACAGCUACACUAAGGGCAGUUAUCUUGUUAUUCCCCUUUUUAGUCAGAGAGAAAACUGACUUUCACCACGGAAGCGACAGUAAGCAUGUUUAAUGUCACGCCUUCUCAGAGGGAGGGUGCGUUGUGUAAGCGGCUAGCGUCCGGAGUUGGUCAGUUUAGCUCCUAGUUAUCCCAGUGCUUACUUUUCCCCUCUGGCGUCGGGAGGCCAACGCCCCAAGUAAGUAAACAGAUUUUCGCACGAGAGCUUUUUUAGCAUUUACUCAUAUUCCUCGACGUAGGUUUAGGAAAAUCAUGAUGUGCUGACUGGGGGUUUUCCCCUGAGAGAUAUAUUUCAGUACCUUAUACCAAACCACAGCAGAGUCCUUCCCAUUAUGAGUUUAGAACUGAAGAGUUGACAUUGGGCGGUCUAUAACCUCCUACUUUCUGCAUACUCUCCAAACCUUCACCACCUUUCAGGCAAGGCAUUGGAAAGGAUGUUAUGUGAGUCAAUAUCUUCUGGUUGUCAAAGGGAUCCGUUAAUUGAAAUAAUCACUGUGCCCUUUGGACCACGAUAACUGCUUGGAGGAGACGCAGUCUGCUACUCACGAGUUUUAUGACCGGGUGUUUUACGGGCAGAGGACAGUAGACGGCAAAUAUUCUGACGUGCCGUGGCCGAUUUGUAAAUCUCGAAAACCUGUCAGCCAGAGGGAGAGGCAGGCAAAGGCAAGCCAUUGCCUGCUAAAAGCUUUUACCCGAUGCGGUCGAAAAGUGUGAUGAAGGGUUUUGCCGGGUCGAUAAGCAGGAACUCACAUUUACCUAACUGCUAGGGCAUUUUGAGUUAAUUCACAUCAAAAAUUUCAGAAUUAAGUGAAAGGUUCCGAAUUUGUCUUCGCUGACGGCUACAGAUGAUUGGAUUGCAAAGAGGGCGACCAAAAUGUUACUGCUAUAAGCAAAAGUAACAAACAUGACUAGACUCUGGAAAGCUUUUCAAAGCAGACAUUGAUCAUCGUUAAAAUUCCUGAAACUUGUGCAUGUCAAGAUUCACUGUCGAUGAAAUCUACGGUGUCCGGAUCGAACAUCAAUCUUCUGUGUUUUAUCAACAGGCAGACAUUCUCCAACCGCAAAUCAGUAAACUCCAGUCCAUGAAUUUGGAUGUUUGUAAUUUUAGCCCAUAUAGCCGUAGUCCAGUGACCGCGAUCGUUCUAUAAUGAGGACUAUAAGACAAAAAAUCGAAGUAGCCAUUUAAAUGACCCUCACGUUGCUUGGCGACACCAGUUGGGCAUAUGUCGCUUUCGUAAAAGCUCGGGAGGUGCCGAAGUAAAUCUUUCGACAGGCCCUUAAAUGGAGCAGCCUACUUGAUUAUCCCUUCCCAGCCGACCGUUAGAAAAAUUAUCUCAACUGUAUUCCUUUAUAAUUACAUCCUGGCCUCUAAAUGAGAAGUUCUUCGUCCAUAUGCUUAAAGCAUACUCAGGGUCUUAAUGAUUGUGAGCGUCUCCUAUGCCAGGAUCAACAAACCCUGGCCCUCGCAGCCUGGUGUGCGCUGGAAUUUUAAUGGCACGUGGUUCCUUGCCGGUAGAUGCGCUUGAGCGCCCGCUAGGUGUACAGGUCGUGAGCAUGGUUAGCCAGUCAUCCUCGUCGUCUUUCUGACCCGCUGUGGGGGUAUUGUUGUUGGUUAAAAUCUUCUUCCAGUGUAAGUUGUAGAUUAGGAAGUGUGGUGAUACACCUGGGUGCGGUUACGACCGUGUCAAUGAUCGUUGUAUAAUGAGAAUUAGACUAUAAAAGUUUGAAGUAGCCGGUUGAGUGAUUCUCAUAUUGUUGGGCGCUUAAUUAAAUAUUUUGGCAACCCUUUCAGUAGAACAGCUUACUUGGUUGGGAUCUCCAAGCCGAUCGUUAGAAAACAGUAUCUCUAUUGAAUUUCUUCAAAUUGCUUCCUGACCUCUGAGCGAGAAUGUUUUAAUCCAUAUAACUAGAUCAUGUUAGGGAAAACAAUAAACUUACGCCACACACUGCCAAUAUUAAUUUGCAAUUCCUGUAUAUAUAUUUAGUCAUUUUGUUUAUAUCAAGAUGUGCAAAAACUCGGCGAAUUAACUUAUUUCAUAGGAAAAAACGCCAAAUGUAAUUUUAUUCGAUCAGUGAAGUAAUUGUGGUCUUUGUAAGGCUUCUAAUUGUGCCAAAACUCAAGACACUUUGGUUUUCAGGGCGAGCAGCCAAAUAUUCCUGAGUUUAUUGGUACUAUUCACAGGGUGUGCAACACUGUACGUAUACUUUGGAGUGUUAUAUGAGCACUGAGAGGUCUGCAAGUAAAAACAUAUUGGAAAAUUUGAGUUGUCUCCAGAGAAACUCUUAUAAUAUUACAUGCCAAUGAAAACACAUGUUGAACUAUAAAAGGCGCAACUAUUGGUACCCAAUUGAUGUUGAAAUAGUCUUUUUCAAAUAAAAAUAUUGAAAAAUGAAGUGUGUUUGCUGUAAAGAGUCCAAAAAUGCUCUAUAAGUAUUAUUCAUAAAUAUUUUGAGUCAUUUUAAACACAUCUUAAAAUAAGAUUGUUGGCCAGUUAGUUGACCCUCGAAUGCCACUGACAACUCAAGAGAUUCCCAGUUAAAUGUCAGCCUACUGUCGUGCAGGAAUAAACUCAAUGCUUUGUUCCCGGUAAUCGGUCCUGUAACAUCAAAAAAAACUUUUGCCUUUUUAAACAAGUUAUAAAUGUACAACCAGUGUCUUCCGCGCUUUGACUCACACAGCAUGAGCGUAGCAUUUAUAAAGGGUGUACUUCAGGCAUUAUAUACAUAGCAUGUAUCAUUCCUGUUCGUUAGUGCCGAUUCCGACGACUAGAAAAGUUGCGCUGACUAUCUGGCGCCGUUAAAAAGUCCAGACUAGACAGCAUCGCUUGGCUGUUGCCUUUGCAGGUCAUAUCAUACGCUUUUUUGAUAUAGUACGCUGCCUAUAUUAUUCUAUGCCAACUUCAAAACAUUUACAAUUGUAUCUUUAUUGACGCAUUUUUCCAGUUUUUAAUCUCGGCACUGAGCUCCAACGUCUUAGUCUGCUUUUCCUUUCACGCGAAUCCCAUUUCUACCAAGAGGGAAGAUUUUAAGAUGACUUUAAGCCACUGAAUCAAGCACGCCUGUUUUCCGAAAGUUCAUAAUUACAAAGCUACAUCCUAAGUAGACGUUUGGCACAUGUUGGGGAGCAUUAUCGCAUUGCCAAAACGGCCUACGUUUUAUGAUUUUCUAGAAAAGAAAGUUUGUCAAAGCAGUUGUCAUGACAACUGGUUUCAGCAUACUAUGAAGAUGAAGAGUUCCACCAAAGAAAGAGUGUGUACUGGAUGUUUUAAUUUUGAAAUGUAGUAGUUUUUGCACCGGAGGCAAUCGGCUUAGAUGUGGGAAUUUUUCAAUCCACUGAGGUUUCCAGCCCAUUUUAAAUCAUAAAAAUCCUGAACUUUGGAUAAGGUAUUCAACCCAAAUUCAGCUCACUUUCGAAGCCGAGCAAGAAAUCAAACUUUCGACUUGCCUACUAAAAACACUAAUAAUAGAUGGAGUAGUUUUAAUCGGUUAAUUGCCUGAGACCAUUAUACUCAUAAAUAAAUUAAGAUGGAGGUCCAUUCAUACACCUUCGUGUCCAUCCUCGUCAAAAAAUUAAUGUUUGAAUCUCGUCUUACGGACUAUUUGUAUGAAAUAUUCCAACCGGGUCAAAUGCGAUGGCUGCGCUGCAAAAAAUUGUUUCACUGUAAAAGCCAUUUUUGGAUCCUUGGAGGCGACCGUAUUUCUAACCGAGUCUUCAUACACGUCAGAAAACCAAAAUAAAAAAUAAAUUUCCCAUAAAAAGGGACAUUUGUCGAAGAUAAAAGAUUGUUUAUCAGGAUUAAAUUUAAACCCAACAAGGGUGACAAGACAUGCGGAAGGAAAUUUUAUAGAUGAGCGAGUUUGGGGUGUAGUGAAACCUCGUCAAGCGUACGUACGACCGCGGAGCAUGGGACAGCAUUCAUUCAUUUGGGGGUGGGUGUGAGGGAACAGGGGGAGAAGGGGGCUAUCUCCUUCACCAAAUCUAACCCUGGCAAUGCACGAUGGAUCAUGAGGUGUAAAUCCUUGCCAAGUUCUGUUUGUCUCCUUUGUACCGCAUCUGUCUCUGAGUACCAUACCCUGCUCAAGUAUGCGCGAAUCCUUUUUGAUCGCCCUAGUCUAUUUUCUUACUGAACCGUUAAUUUUGCACAUAUGCAAUAACCAUAAGAAAUUGAACAAUGAGUCGUACAACCCUGUGGCAUCCUUAAAUUUUGCGUGUUUUGCUGCAUUAUCUUGUCCAUAUUCAACGACGAAUUAGGAAUAAAAUAAGUACAUGUGUAACGUAUUUCAUCCCUAUACAUAAGUGUAAAUUCAUACGGCAUUACUACCGCAGCACGAAACUAUCGCGUUUCCCCUUAAACAUUUCGCUCAAGUGAGCGUAAAACGUGUCGCAUUUCGUCAGGACAAGUAGCUGCUUGUGCAGCCUGACUAAAAAUCAUCCGUGGAGCCCUGACCCAGGCGUCAAACUGCAUCAUGCCUGUCUUCGCAAUUUGGAGCUUAUGCAGCCUUCUUGCAGUUGGGUCGAAUACUCAGGUUUUAUGCAUUCCCCUGGAGAGAGGGCAGGGGUUGCCUGACUGACGCGCGUCUUUGGCAACCAGUCCAGUUUGCCGGCACUUUGGGCCUAGCUGGACAAAGGACAUUUGCGUUGGGAUAUAGCCAGCUCAGUUGGACCUCCCCUUUUGUGCUAAUGCACCGCUCGGCAACAGUUGUCACACAGACCUACCCCCCCCCCCCUCGGACAGGUGUACCUGUGGACUCAAAAUAGAGCGCUGACUGUCAUGGUAGCGGCAGGGGGGGGAUCGCGGAGGGGGAAAGCGGACAAUAGUGCGAGGCUCGCAAAGAGUUACAAAGGCCGGAGAGAUGGCAAAAUUGACAGCUUAGGAGGAAUGCAUCGAUCCUUUUGCUGCAAAUUCUUAGAAGACAGACAGCGAGAGAGGGUUAACGUCGCUCAAAUGCAGCAGAAUUCUCAUCAUCUGUCUGUCCAGAAAGGCCUCCGUUUCGGCCUACUUUUCGCCCUUGCCUUUGUUUUGACAAACGUUAAUGAGGAAACAGGUGAUUUUAUCUUAUAAUUCGGACGUUUUGUGCACGACCCCUAUUGACUAAAGCAAAAAAGGUUACGAUGACAGAAGACAAUAGUUUGCUUCCGUUUACUCCCUAGCAAUGAGAAUGCCAGACAGUCUGCCAAAAUAAAGGUGAUAAUGCUGAAUAAUCAGAAGUCUGUUCGGGCAGUUUUAGUGAAACACGAUCGCAGUCAGUGUCAACGGAGCUAUGUGUAAGUCUUUAAAUUAAUAAUGCGUAGCAAGUGCUCUUAGAGGUGUCAGAAAAUUUGUGCAGAUAUGUAAGCAUAGCAAACAGCUUACAGAAUGUAAGUUUUUUCCCUUAUGUUAACGUCAAAAUCUUUUUGUUCAAAGCUAAUCUGUUCCCAACAAGUUACGAAAUUUCAAGGAGCGUCGUGCACGAAACAUAGAAAGAAAGGAAUACCCAACCAUGCCACCCUUUAAAUCGUUUUUUGUCCAAUUUCAUAAUCACCUGCAUAUCUUAGUAAGUCCGUGGCAAUUACUCUUUCUGUAGUUCGGUCUUUCUGGGAGUGAAAUAAAUCUCCACCAACUGACUUAAAACAAAACAUCCACAAUCACAUGAGCAAUUAAAUAUGUCAAAAAUGUUUGCUAAUUAUUCUGAGUGAAGAUGAUAAGCAGAUGCAGGAUUUUACGUAAAGUGAUGUAAAGAAUACUGUUUUGCGUACGCCUAGCCUCAUGCAACCGGCUUGCAAAAUUAUUAAAAAAAUGCACAAUGUUCUUUAAAGUUACGAAGGCAGUAGAGAAGAACAUACUUGAACUAAAAAGUUCUUACUCAAAAAUGAGAGAGAGAGCCGUGUGAAGCAGUGCGAUGUGAAUGCUGAACUCCAAAAUGGGCAUGAAGGCAGGUUCUCAAACGUUCAUUUGAGCUAACUGUUUGCUUUAUAUAUUAAUGAAAUGAGGGAUAUCGGUUUGAAUGGCUAUAUAUUCGUGAUUUCCAGGUAAUUUGUAAAAAAAUUGUUUCCGUAGAGCAAACAUCAUGCUUAGCUGGACUGUUAAAAUAAGUGAAAACACGAAUACAGCAAAUACGUUGCUUUUAGCUGCAUGGCAAAACUAUUUUGGUAAGGCAUUCUGAGACGAAAACAACUUCUUAUCUCUUCCUCUCUCUUCUCCCCUCUCUCUCCAAUCGUUCGUCAAGCCAUUGUUUGCGUGCAGAUUUGAUCAGAUAUAUUUGAAGACAGCCGGGUGAGAUAAUGAGUAAAACUACAUGAUAUCGGUGCACGAUGCUUGUAUCAUAAACGUGAGGACAAGACCUGACAGUAUUUCAAGUUCAACAUGCAACACUCACAGAAAGAAAGCAAUUGAGCAUGGUUUUUAACAAUAACUUAAACUUCAGCUCAGAAAAGUGUUAGAAUUCUCCUCUGUUUCUUAAUAUGGCGGACCAAAAACUGAAAUAUCUUUGUGCAAGUAGCUAAAAUGACCAGGUAUGCCCAGUUGCUGAAGUGGUAAAGACUUGAAAACGCCUUUGGCUUGUGUUAGUAAAUAUUUCGAACUUACAGACCGAGUCAGGAUUGCAGUAGCACAGGUUUGAGUUAGAAGUAGUUUUUUGGCCCUUCCAGUUGGGAAUUAACCAGAGGGUGGAAUUGGGUAAAUUGCUUCUGUAGCUUGGAAAUGCACCUCGAAAGUGCUUUCAAAGUCAAGCUAAGGAAAGGCAUUCCGUACAUCUCUGUGUGAGACUGCUUUAGUAUUAAUUCUGUAGGUCAAGUGAGCCCCUUCCCUUGUGAGCUUCCGCAAUGCGAAAACAUGAUAAAUACCACCGGCUAUGUUGCCGGCAUAUUCAGGAUAACGAAAAAACUAUUGGGCAAAAAGCUACAUUUUUUAUCUGGCGUAGACUGAGCAUUAGUUGCACUUCUGCAUCGGUGGGCAUAAAACGCAUUAAAAAGGUGUGUAGCGACCGACAGUGCAUUUGUGACAGCGCGGGGAAAUAACUUACGCACUGCUGUUGAGUACGUUUGCAGGACAGUUACAGAGAGGUAUUUUAAGGAAGGGCGAUAAAGUAUAACAGGCUAGAGCGCAGUUCCAAUGUAUCCACAUCAAAAAUAUGAUGAUGUUGCUUGUACAGUCUAGCACGCGUACCCGCAAGCUCGAUCUGUCUACCUGCUUACCGCUUUCUUAACAGGUACAGUAAAUGGGCUAACUCAUGAAAUGUCGACCAAAUUUCCGAAAUGCGUUUUCGUUUCGAAAAGAUUAAUUAAGUGGGUUUGUAAAACUAGUCAGUCUGCAGCAUAAUUCUAUAAUAAUUCAGUUACCUCAGGAUGUGGGCUUUCGGGAGGACUUCCUUCCGGCUGCAUACAAAAACUAUACACUGUAAAAAAUGACUACAUAAGAAGCAUGAACUUUUCUCAUCGAUUUUCGAUGCCACUAAAAGUUCAGUGAUAUAUCAGGGAAACAUGCGUAGAAAUAUUAAUUCCUUCGCUUAUUCGGUAGAAAAUUGUGUCUUCCUUCAAUUUUAUACCCAAAGAAAGAAUAGUACUCGGUUUUUAAAAGAAUUUAUCAUUCCCGAGUAAUUUUGAACCCUCUCUGCCGUCACAGUUGCAGUAAGGUUUUUCAACUUACAAGCCAUGUAUUUUCCGCGUACAGAAAACCACACAUUUCUCUACGGUAUUGAGAGGAGACCAUAUGGGAUUCAUAAAAUCUAGCUGUUAAUUUGAUCCACAUUGUCAAAUUUACUAGCCAAAUUGCUAAAUGCAAAGACAUGACGUUUUAUGAAUGGCCAUUUCACGGUAUUUAAGUCUCACAGCAAGACACUUUUUUAAAACCAACUUAUGUCCCUCCUUCGUGUAUAUAAUUAAAAGAAGACGUGGGUUUCUGCCGAAUGGGUAUAGGAAUGAAUAUUUUUACCCAUGUUUUUCGCGAAAUAUAAUUGAACCUUUAGGGGCAUCGAAAAGGAAUGAGAAAAAUGCAUGCUACGUACGCAGUAGUUUUUAAGGAGUAUAGUUUUGCAUGCAGCCGGAGGGAAGUUCAUGCGAGAGUCGGCGUCCUGAGGUAACUGAAUUAUUAUAGAAUUGUACUGCAGACUGAUUAGUUUUACAUCCUUACUUAAUUAAUCUCUUCGAAACGAGAACACACUUUGGAAUUUUGGUUGACAUUUUAUAAGUUAGUCUACCUACCGUAUGUCCAUUUUUACAUGAUAGAAUCGAAAAAAGUUGCGGAUGAAAAAUUGAUGGUGGUAGUAUUGAAACCUUGAAAUUACCUUGAGUCCUUUUACGAUCGCAAGGACGAUGAAUGAUGCAUGUUUGUGCUCCAAGUGAGAACACUGUUCUAAGAGAGAGAUAUUGGCUACAUUGGUAAAGCAAAACAGUCAUUAAUGCUUUUCAACACUUUUUACCGCUCAGUAUCGCUUAAUUUACCGUAUUAAAAGACAUAAUUGGACUUAAUUCUUGGAAUUCGCCAAACGCUGGCGGUACUUCAUAAUUUAUAAGCCUGACAUAUGUAAAGCACCGGCAGUAAGGGUUUAAAAUACAACCAUAUCUUAACCAACCGAGCCGCACUUUUUGGAAGUCAUAUUACGAGUUGAACUGAUUAAGAGAAUUAAAAAAUAAGUAUUGGUUACUUUGUGAUCGAAGUUUCCCGAGCAGACAGUUAGAAAAUUUGCAGCGACACGAGCUUGAGACAAAGUAUGCGCACUUAAUGUGCCGUCGGAAUUCGCUGGACAAAUAAAGCCCCUCUUGCAUGAUUUAGUAUAGUGGAAAAUAAGGUCCCAAACGCGAUUCAUUUGUGAACCCGGGGGACAUACAGGGGGACCGUGCUCGUUAACAUUUGCAGUUUAGACUGGCAGUUUUGGAUUAAGAACAAUUUGAUAGUCUACAGUUUUUUUUUCUCAACUCAGGAACAACCUUAAUGCGGGUUCUGCUAGACGUUCACCCAAAAGUUCGUUGCGGGCCAGAAACUCGCAUACUUCCACGAAUCCUGCAUCUAAGCAAGCAGAUUGUUGGCAAGCCAGAGAUGGUACGACUCGCGGACGCCGGAAUCACCCGGGAUACCAUUGAUGCUGCCUUUUUGCAAUUCAUACGAGCCAUCAUCUUUCGCAGCGGACCCCCAGCCGAAAGAUACUGUGUCAAAGAUCCCUUCCUUGACAGUGUGAUGGGCUUUCUUUUCGAAAUUUUUCCCAACUCAAAGUUCAUUCUUAUGAUUCGUGAUGGACGUGCCGUGGCGCACUCUAUAGUCAGGUAAGUGUCUUUUCCAUUGUUUUUUUUGAUAAUUUCAAAACAAGAUGUAUCAUUUUCCGGAACGAAACUAAAACCGGUACAAAUGCGUGAUAAAAACAACCUAGGCAAGCCCAAAUUGUUGGCCUUUUUAUUUUUCUGCUGCGCAGGACCAUCAGCUUGAAGGACAUGUUUUUUGGUAUGAGCAGAAAAAAUUCUGCAUUUAAGCCCCAAGUUUAGAUGUGGAAAAGAUGAACUUCCGGUGAGAAAGAAAAACGUAAAGUCAGCACGCUAAGCAGAGCUCUUUCAGUGUGAAUCAGGAUGACAAAUAGAUGGCAAUCGCAACUGAGAACCUUGAUUUGCAAAACACGCAACCAAGACCACAGCCGUUUUCAGUGAAAAUACGCAUGUGUCCAGCCAACAUAUAGACUCCAACUGACAUCGUCCUUAGGUUCUCAAGGCUUUUAACAAAGUAAUUAUUAUCCGGGAGCAUUAUGGUGCGUUUUGAAAAUCGGUGCAUAUUUCUGCGUGACCCGCAUUGGUCUAUAUUCAGUGUGGGAGUGAGGCUGACCAGUUGCAAGAAUUAGUAUAUGUGCUGUCAAUAACAUUAAAAUGGCCGUCGUCAAAAACAAUAUAACGUGAGUUUUUUCAUUGCGACCGACGGCUUAACCAUCCCAGCCGCCAAUAAUAACAUCACGACCACGGCAACUGGUUGAAGGGUUUUACAAUGCCUCCAGAUCAUGUACUGAAAUCCUAUUCCAUUUGCUGAAGUCAGUAAGCUUACUUACGUACGCAAAGUUUUGCGGUUAUCAAAAUCUUUUCCAAUUCUCGAAUACGUUUGUAUCUGAUCUGCCGUUACACUUGCAUUUAGGACUUCCACCCUACAAGCCGUAUACUUCCGCGUACGGAAAACCAUACAUUUCUCUACGGUAUUAAGAGAAAACAAAAUGGAAUUCAUAAAAUUUAGCGGUGGAUUUGAGCCAUACUGCCAACUGUGCAAGCCGCAUUGGUAAAUGCAGAGACGUGACGUUUAAUGAACGGCCAUUCCACACUAUUAAAAAAUCUCACAAUUAGAAUCGUUUUGAAAACCGAAUUAUACCCUUCCUUCGAGCACAAAAUCGGAAGAAAACGCAAUCUUCUACCGAAUAAGUAGGAGAAUGAAUGGUUUUAUGAAUGUUUUCCACGACAUAUAAUUGCAUUUUUAAGCUAACGGAGAUCAGUAAGAAAAACUUAUGCUACUUAAGUAGUUAUUUUUACAGAGUAUAUUUUAAGCAUGCAGCCGGAAAGAAGUUCGUUUGAAAUCCGGAAUCCUCUAGUCACUAAGUUAUUACAGAAUUGUUGCAGGAUGAUUAGUUUUACAACUCUACCUAAUUAAUCUUUUCGAAACGAAAACGCGUUUCGGAAUUUUGGUCAUUUCGUGGUUUAGCUCACCUACUGUAUAUUAUUGUAUACAUGAAGAAAAUGUAAGCUAACGAAACAGGGGUUUAUAUGUCGCAUCAUAUAGUGAAACCCCAUGAAAGACUGAACUACCACGCUAUUUUACAGCAAACAGACGCCAGUGGUUUUUCACCACGUCGAACUGUGCACUUCCACAAAGUAACAGAUUCGGGCAAGAUGAAAGCUUUAGUGCAGAGCAAAUCACAUACAAAAGGGCAGUGUAGCGCUUUGGGGGGACUUUAUUGACUCGGUGAGGGCACAGCAUAAUAACAGGCAUAUCAUACACUAUUGAAAUAGACAAUGUGUAAGAAAUGCAAUUUUCUGGAUCGGCCAGAUGGAUUUCCAGACAAAUAUCCGCAUACGCUGAGCGGGAUCGCCGUGGUCAUAUUUUUUUCCGUAGCUAGUCUUGUGAGACAGGUUUUGUUUGCAUGCUUAUUUAAGGUGCAGUCCGCAUUUUCGGGAGUUUCGGUCUACUUUUUUAUUUUUCGUGAAGUUCUCUUCUUACGUUCAUUUCUUUAGCGUGGCAUUAUUCAGGGUUGACGCGCCAUUAAAAAGCACCAACAGUACGUAUUCACUUUGGCAAAGGGCUCUUCUUCGACUUCUAACAGAGAUGUGCAUUUUUGGGCAUUUUCUCCACCCCGUUUGAAGUUUUCAUCCUGCGCCUCAGUGCAGCGAUUCAGUGCAACAUCGGGACUUAACCACGUUGGCAGUCGGUGUGGAAAUAAAUAAUUAACAAAAUUUCCAAAAAGGGGAUAGUCACGUCUGGACUGCGGCUUUCCGGUCGGCCCUGACCUGCGAAAAGCAUUGUUCGGGUGGAAUAUCGGCUAGACCACUGAAUAAUACGCUAUAGGCAGAUUAAAUCGGAUAUAACCGCGCUAACUUUAUUUUUCCGUUGCGUGUGGACUGAAGGAAAACGGCACUAAACUAAUCUCUCGUCCAGAAGGGGCCGGCUGUGUAAGACAGAAUUGCCUUGAUAAUUCACCUAUAUUUUCCAAUUAAGUGCAAGCACAUUUAUUAACGAUGAAAGAGCUUACGGAGAAGGGACAGUCAUGCGUUUUUCUUGUUGGUUUAGUUAGGAGACUAUUGAUGCACAUAAGUUUGCCUGCAUACACUAAAGCUACCUUUGGGGUAGUCGAAGAGGCCGGUUCGACUUUUGCUUUAUAUCUGCUUUACUAAGGUGUUUAAUGUUGCAUUUUUUCUACUUAGUUUUUUUUCUACUGAACAAAAACUUGAUUGGAACCUGUUGGGUCACUAUUAAAAGUUAGGAGGAAACAAAGUAUUUUAAGAAUUUCAGAAAAAUGUUCAAGAGUAGAUGCGUUCUACCGGAUCUACCCUUCUUCCCUAGACAAAUCGCAUGUUAAUACAGUUCCAACCAGUCAAUAUUUACACAUUUGUUUUGUUUAAACAGUUAGACGUGCAGUACGCGUGGGUUUACUAAUUACGCGACCCGUUACUCGGGAUGAUGGGGAGAGAUUAAUUUGGUUAGCUCGUAAGGUGACUGGACCUGGGGCAAUUUUUGGGGCGGACUGGUCAAUUUGAUAUGAGUGAGUAACCCACUUAGGGGCUAACGGCAGAAAAAAUUGUCAGUUGAUUUAAUUCCAAACCCUAGUAGCUGUGGCCUCCGGCGGACGUUGUUCCUCGUGUUGACUCAACGGAAGACAUUUUUUUGAACAGUCACUACUUAAAUGGCAUGCAAGGUAAAUGAUUCUGUCUAAAUAACUCCUCUGGUUGGUGAUUCGGGUAGGAUUUCCACCAUGGCAAAUGAUACGUUAGUAACAUACCUCGAGUGGGCUGUGCAAUUUGAGUACGAAUUGGCCGAACAGGCGAUAUUAACGACUAGAACGGGGUUUAAGGAAUUCUAAGUAACCAACAAGCACAGAGUAUGAAAUAUAAGCGCAUAUAUAUAAAGUCAGGAUAUUUGCGAGUAAGGAGCAGCACGAUAAUCUGGCAGACGUCUUGUCUGAAGAAAGACAGCAGACGCACAAUGGUUUGGGUUUACUUAGCGGGUAGACUUCGCCUAUGCUGUCCCCAGGAUGGGCCACAAUGGUGAAUCAGCAGAAAGAACAUUGUAUAGUUGGUUUGGUCGUAGUCCAUCUGAAGGCCAUUGGUUGGCAUAAUUACUCCGGUGAGACUUGAAGUAAGCAUUGGGGUAUUCACCCACAUCUGAGUCCGACCAAAGGUCGGCUCUUUUAAAAGAAGGGGCUAGCUGAAAAAGAAGUGUGCUUUAACGUAGGAUAACAAAUGAAGACCAGGCGCGUUCGGAAUUUAGAAUGUGGGAUAUUACACGAUGAAUACUUGCGGUAUUUUGUAAAACCCGCUUACUGCAAAAUCAGCAUCAGAUAAAUUCAAGUUCUAAUCUUCGAAGAUUGCUUUUUGACUCUCCUUUAAACGAGACGUUAAGAAUAAAAUUAGCCUCUCUACUUUCAAAAUUUCGGAAUACGCCAGGCUUUCAGUUUUGUUCUCACACUUCUGUCUGCAGUCCAGUCUUUUAAAGUGAUUUUUGAAAGUUUCUGACGGGUAAUCUCGUAGCCGCGCUAAUUUCAGGAAGAAUGUUAAUUAACUUGCAUUGUAAUUCAAUCAUAAAUACAGCAUUGCUCGCCCACCAUCACAUUGUCGCAAGUCAUCAAAUUUUCGCCCAUGUAAACCUGUAAAAAAUUACUAUUUGCUCAAACGCGCCCAUCACUCUUUUGGUUUGUGGUGUAUUCGGGCUGUAAUAACAGCCCCGGUGCUUGAUUUGACUUCUGUAUAAACAAAUUAAGUAUUCUUGCAAUUCAAGACUAAUGGACCGCUGUUUUGACGUCGACCAACAUAGGCAUGUCAACAAAACAAUUAGUGUUAAAAGUACCAAGAAAGGCGUGAAUUAUUUAAAAAUUUUAAGUAGUUUAUGAAGUGCGGGUCAUUUCACACGAGAGAUUCGCCCUAGAAGUUAUGUUGGACUAGACAAACUUAACAAAAUCCACUCUGAAUGUUUAAAACCUUGUACCCAAACAAUAAAAUCCUUUUUUCGAUAUUAAACGCCCACCAAGCCUGUAACUGCUUAAAUUUCAUUUGGUUCAACCAGCCACAUUUUAGGAAUCAACUUGACCACCUUCUUGACAGAAGCUUAUUAACUGUAUAAAAAGUAGGCUGUGGAAUAAAAAUGGAAGUUCAGUUUGACGUCCAAGUGCGCACAGAAAUAGGAUGCAUCAGAAGCAAUUUUCGGAAGACAUUUUGACCGAAGACAAAUCACUACACAUAUGAUACAGUAAGAUGGCACAUAUUUAAAUAAGGCUUUUAAAUAAAAAUAGCUAAUAAUUCGCAUUUAGCAAAUAAAUGUACGUGCCUGCAUGCACUGUGCAGGGGAUUCAAAGAAAGAAGAGUAAUACGUCUCAAAAGCCAUGAAAGCGAAGAUAAGAAGCCCAAAAUUGAAUCGUACUUGGAACAACACACUAAACGAUUAGCCUGUCAGAAAUGACUACUUUACACUAGUGGACAAUACCUCGUUGCAAUGUAUGGCACGAAACCUUUUCUCCGGCGUAGCCAAAAAUGAUUCUUGGGCAAAGGCAGUGGUUAAAUUGAAAAUUACAAUGACCACUCCGGAGUUUGUGAAAUAUUUAACAAAACAGUCUACGUGAUGCGACCUACAGCAAUUCAACAUUUAGUCGUGCGGAAUGCAUACUGUUGCCAAAAAUAGCAAAGCAAUCAGCCGACUGAGUUUUGUCCUGAUAUGUCGGCAAAAGAUGCCCAAGAACGCUAAAAAAGCAGAUGCAUUUGCUAGCAUAAAACGCCCUCAAUUAUUGUACGCGAAGAAUACGCCUGUAUAGAGCCCGACAUUUAAUCGCUCUUGCCCUGAAUACACAACGAUGUCCAUUUCUACUUAACUUAGCAAACUGACGCUUUUUGUCGUUCGCGUAUUUGCCAGAGCACAGGUCUCCAUUUUCAAGACCAAAUAAAAGGGCUAUUUCAGAAGAACCGUACUAUUGUGUUAUUCAUGGCCCGUUCUUUCCAAUUUAGCAUCAUUUAAAACUUGCACUUUUUACGAUAAAGAGGCGAUGUAUUAGGACUAAAAUAGUCUACUCAAUAGAUUUAUGCUGAGAUAGAUUAAAAGCUGCUACCAUUGUAGGGUUCUUCGUUCGUAAAGUGUUGCUGAGUCUAGUGAUUAAAAAAGUGCGACUCUGCCUUCAAAACUCAGUGCUUUUAGCGGAGUCAAUGGAGUGACCUGGUUGUUACUGUUAUUGUAGAACGGCAAGUUUCAAUUUAAAUUUGCCAGUAUUGUUGACCGGUAUAGGACAAACAGAAAGUAGCGGUUAUAAAGAAAAAGAAGAUACAAUCACUGGAAUGAAAAGUUUCUUGGCCUGGCGUUUCGGACUCUCACACGAGCCCAUCAUCAGAGACCGUCUCUACUGAUGGUUUCGACUGAGAAUCCGAAACGUCAGACGAAUAAACUUUUCAUUGCUGAUAGAAGCGAACAGGUGAGUUCCAGGUAGCAGUUCAGAAGACGAAGAUGCCAUCACUGGAACCAGAAAUUUAUUGGCCUGACGCUUCGGAUUCUCACUCGAAUCCGUCAUCAGAUACACUCGCAGAUAAAGGCGAUGGUGGCAUAAGGAGUGCAGUAUUCAUAGCACGUGGCUGUCGUGGGACCAUAUGCGCACUGUAAUAAACAGCUCUCGUAAUAACCGCUGGGGUCAUAAUUGAUGCGGUGGCGGCUUGUCAGUUCGAGUCCGAGUCGGUAAUGGCCGUGAUUUCGUCAUCCUUGCUGGAUGCUGAUGUGAUGAUUGCGCGGCAAAUUGGUUCACUGUCACUGUGAUAAUUGCUCGUCCGCGUCCUUCGCACGUGACUGAUUCCCCGGUCCAGGGAAAAUUUCAGCACGGAAUAUGGUACUGGGAGGUCAUUGCACUUUUUGAUGGAUUGCGGGCCUGAGAACCAUGACUCGAGCAGCUCGCGGCUCACGCGGUUGUCACCCCUUGCGAGGAUUUCGGCCUCUUGAUGUUUGAAAAUAUGUCCGGGUCCCGUCGAGUGUGCCGUCACCUGAGAGCUAGCGUCUCCCCGCCUCACUGCUGCUGCGUGCUCGGCCAUUCGCGCACGGAGUAAUCCCUCAGUUUCUCCGACAAAGUUGCUUUGUCCGCAACUACACCAAAUCCGGUAAACGACUCCAGACGUUUCCUGCCGUGGCAGCGGGCCUUAUGUCCUCAUGACUUGGCGUCUAAUGGUUGCUUCCGGCCUGUGUGCAACCCCAACUCCAAUUGGAGUGAGAAGACGACUGACGGCUUCCGAGAUGUUCUUUACGUACGGAAGAGCCCGCCAAUAUUUGGGGCCGGUUGGAGUUGGUCUUUGGUGUCCUUUUCAAAUGCACUGGUUGACAAACUUGAGGGGGUAACCACUGGCUCUCAUUACCCGUCGAAGAUAUUGCAGUUCGGCAACCCUGUUUUCCAUUUCACUGCAGUGCGUCUCAACGAGCCGGUAUAGCGCCCUUACGCAGCUGCGUUUGUGACUGAUCGGGCCGGAAGCAACCAUUAGGCGCCAAGUCAUGAGGCCAAAAGACCCGCUGCCACGGCAGGAUUUCGGCCCCUUGAAAUUUGAAAAUAUGGCCGGGUCCCGUCGAGUGUGUCGCCGCCUGCGAGUAAGCGUCUCCCCGCAUCACUGCUGCUGCAUACUCGGCAGUUCGCGUACGGAGUAAUCUCCCUGUUUCUCCGACAUAGUUGCUUUGUCCACAACUACAUCAGAUCCGGUAAACGACUCCAGACGUUUCCUGCUGUGGCAGUAGGUCUUUUGGCCAUGUGACUUGGCGCCAGUGAUCACAUUCUCCUCUUCUUCUGAACUGCUUCCUGGAACGCCCAUUCGCUCCUAUCAGUAGUGGUUAAACUACCAUAGCCUUUUCCUUUUGGCCAGUGUUAAUCUUCGACCAUAAGUAUUAUACCAGCGUCAAAUGGUAUCAUUAAAAGUGCUUGACAAGCUACACUCACGUGCACUCAUCUGCCCGUCCUAGUCAAACAUGACAUGCAGCAUAUAACUGGUCGCUCAAGCGCCUCGUUUCUUUAAGCGUAAUUUUUCCCAAUAAACCAGCAUGCGUCGUUAGUGCCUGCGGAGCGGAAGUUUAUGACUAGAAGAAAAUUCAUGGAAAACAGGCUAACUUGGCGAAUGCAAAUUUUAUGUCAGCUUACGCACUUGUCCGGAGUUUUCGCCUUCUAAACAGUGAAAAUUUGCAGUGUGAUCAUUUGACGCAUUAAGGGGGAUUUGCUCUGGCAUUUUCAGCCAGUACAAAAAACACUCAUUCAUGCCUCAUCGCCCAUGCUGUCCUACUCGUCCCGGAGACAGCCAGUUCAGACCGGCCAAACAUAAUGCCGCACAGCAUGCCUCAUUAGGACGAAUAGAGCACGACGGCGAGAAGGUGUUAAUUUGUAAAUGCGAGAUCGGAUUUAAUUAAAUUGGACGGCAUUGAAAAUGUAUUAUUGGCAGAUAGAACUGGGGUCUUCACUAGAAGGCCACUGCGUAAACUAGUUCAAAUGAAAACUCUAUAAUUAUACUUCCCCCUUUUUCCAUUUCUUUUGGACAGUUUUCUCCUGGUAUUGUGGUGAUGUAACUAGGCGAGUUAAGUUUCUACUAUUGGAUAUGCAGUGGAGGACAGGAUUUCAUAUGUUGAUCAUUUUCCGCCUAUUUCAACCUCUGAUUUCAUUUCUCCCUUGAGACCAGGAACUAAAGUUUUAGACGCACUUGGUACACGCCUAUUCAUUUAAAUGAAGUGCAUGAAGUGCGGUCGUCAAUGUACUACGAUUUAAUCCAACCCGUCAAUAAAUUAAAAAAACUGUCAUGCGACGGAGAAAAGUACAAAAGGGACGGUCGAGUCGCAUCGUGCGGCUGAUUAACACAGUUGAUUAUGAGCUUAUGCUGCGCGAAGAAUGUUCUUAUUUAGUGCCGACUUGGAUUUUUACGCCACACGCGUUUACCUUUGCGGUGUUGGAGUGAAUAUUCAUUAAAGAAUUUUUAAGGGGAAUCUAUGACUGAUAGCCAUGGAAGGCGAAAAGCCGGUUCAGUGCUUAUUUUAACAUCUGCUAAGAGGCAAGACGAAUGGUAAUGCUUUUUAAAGAACAAAGUUACUGUUUCUAGGACGAAUUAAGCUAUUUCGUCGUCAUUUUUUAGGAGAAACGAUUUUUUUCUUUGAAGGACUCUGUGGCCUUCGAAAGCCCGUUCCAUAAAAAGUUGCAUACUGUUUUCAUUUGUUCCUGUGCCUUGCAGAUUUGAGACCUCGCCGUGAGUUGUCAAGUCUGCUUCUAUCUGGUGCGGUCGGAAACGACUAGCUGACAAUUUCCCCCUAUUGUUUGUAUUUAGGUCGUGUUUUAUUCAACUAUGCAAACGUCAGUCAAAUAUUAGAGACAUGUGGGGAGCUGAUGUAAUUUAUAUGAUCUUAAAUUUUGAAUCUGAAGGGACAUUUACAGUGAGUGACCGAUCUCAUGGAAUGUUGGCCGAAAUUCGGAAAUGCUUUUUCGAUUGAGAAGAAUAACCUAUGUACCGUUACAAUACUGAUUAUUGAGCGGCACAAUCCUAUAACGUUUUGGACUGGGCAACAUGUCGGCUUUUGAAUGAACGUCUUUUUGACCUCCUGAAGGAACCACUUCGGUAACAAAUGACUACUUAAAUGACAUGUAUUCCUCCUAUUGAUUUUCGGUGGUCUUAUAAAUUCAAAUAUAUUUUAUAGGAAACAUGCAUAAAAUAUGGUUUCUUUUGUUCGUUCGGUAGAGAAUCACGUUGUUUUUAUAGUAUAUACCUGAAGGAAGGGUAUAAUUUGGUUUUGGAAAAGUUUUCCAGUGCCAGAAUAAGUUUGAGCCUGAUUAGCCAUUGCCUUAAAUUUUAGCGAAUUGAGUCCACAUGGUGCAGGCCUUCGGCGUAAAGAAAAUCAUAUAUUCCUCUAGGCCUUUAAAAAAGAUACCAUUUAGAGUUAACAGAAUAUUGCGGAACAUGUUCUACAUUUCAUGAGAAGCAUUGGCAAACGGACAUGUACGGUGCUGCAUGAAUGGCAGUUCUUAAAAAUCUCAUAAUUGGAAACGUUUCCAAAAGCUAAAUAUACCCUUUGUUGAGAUAUAAAAUGUAAAUAUAACGUGAUUCUCUACCGAACGAGCAAAGAAAGGCAUAUUUUAUGCAUGUUUUCUAUAAAAUAUAUUAAAUUUAUAAAACCAUUACAAAUUACUGUCAAUAUGUAUGCUACUUAAGUAGUCAACUCUUAACAAGCACGGGUUUCUGUAGGAGGUUAAAAAGAAAUGCAUUAAAAAGCCGACUUCCUGACGAGUCCGAAAAAUUAUGGGAUUAUGCCGCUUGAUAAUCAUUAUUGUAACGGUACCUAAGCAAUUCUUCCUAAUCAAAAAGAAAUUUCCAAAUUUUGGUCGACAUUUCAUGAGAUCGGUCGCUCACUGUACGUUUAACCUAUGUAUCCUAUUUGUCCCCUGAAAGGAGUCAUGCGGUAAGUGUGUCGAAUCAACACAAGGGCUAAACUGAAGUCCGGCAGGCGUUAUCGAGAAUGUGAACUCGUAACAAAUGCUUACGUUUGGGGUGCGGUGACACGCCCACGUGCAACCUCACGCCGCACGCGCAUGGGGAUCUGUGUUGCUGCCCUGUGUUUGUUGUGGUAGAAAGUCAGUGUCCGUGCGGACCAGGCGUUUCUGGUGGUGACACGCCUAGGUGCGGGUUUUCGCCGUGCCUGCCACCUGUGGCCCCUCCUACCUCUGGUCUUUUUGACUUGGUCAUAACACUGGGCCUGGGUGGGAAGGAGAGAGUGCUGUAGGUGCAGAGCAAGUCUCAUAUCACGAGAAACUAGAGUACGCGCACCCCACCAUGCCUACUCUCACUCUGCCUUGAAGCACACGAUGGACAUAGUCGAUACUGGUGGUAGAACUGUGUUAUAGCAUAUAGUGAACGUUAUGUGGAAUUGACACCAUUUCUCCGGUCUGAACAUGGUUUGAAGACAGUUUCUUUUCAUUCUUCCCAAAGUCUAAAUCAUCGGAUUGUGUUUUGGUCACUUUGCAUUGGCCAAAUGCAUGUGAUUUCAAAAAAGCACGAUUAGGCCUAAAGCAAAAAAAUGCUUGUACAUGCAAUUCAAUCUUGUCUUAGUCUCAGUGCUGUUUCCGCAUUAUCCGUUUAGAAGAGUCAAUAUUCUAUGCGAAGAAUUAAUUUUUACAGAGAGUUUUAACUCUUUCUCACAUUGUAAAGGGGUCCUGUUUUAAUUCUGGCCUCCAGAUUGCCUUAUGCUGUAGAAGAUAGCAGGGAGUGUUUCAGUAGUACCUGCCAUCUCCGUCCGCGCCUGGUUAAGUCGGUACUACUCAAAGCAUUGGCAUGUAGGUAACUGCAAUAGGAACUGACUUUCUUGGAUCCGACAAAUAUAGUAUGCUACCGCUGUCACGGAGAAUGAACCGCUUUGACGCUGAUAAGUUUUGUAUCAAUAUACUUUUGCUAACGUAUUGAAGGUGCAGGGAUUGGGCACGCGAAGUUCGUUUUAAGAGCUACGGCAUUCGAAAUAAAAUCUUCGGUUGAGGUGAGUUCUACCACUGUGCUUCUAGGCCCUUAUUAAAUCCGUUUUAGAGUGUAGAAUGUUGCGUAUUUUUCACUGAAAAAUUUAAUUAGCGAGCUAGCUUUAUAAAAAAUAUCGGAGCGUCAUGCAAGUGAUCGGAGACGAGGACGAUAACAGUCAGUUUCAUUAAAAAGAAUAUUUAACGUGAUUUAUCCCGAACAAAAAGAGGCGAGCGUUAUUAAGAGGUCUAGUUCGGCCAACCUUAGGAGCCGGGUAGAUUAAUAAUGUUCAAACGUUUAUACGGACUAUGUUUCGCAGUUAAUGAUUAAUUACAUUUUGCCCCGUUCCCUAGUUACCACCGUUGUUUGAAGUUAAAACCGCCCCGAGCUGCGUUAUCGGCAUAACUUCACUCUCUUAGUCUGUUUGUGAUGAAUUCUCUAGUUGCUGCACAUGACUACAACAAAUGCGAUUGGUAAGUAAUUCAUUCGCUUAGGCUACCAUUCGGCAUGCUAAUAUACUUUAAUCGCCAGUAGCAGAUUUGCAGGCAUCACGUUUUCGAACCAUUAGCAUAAAAUUCGGCAAACUCUAGAUACGUACAGACAGCGUCAACGGGUGGGCGUAUCGAAGAUACAGUAGGUAGGCUAAUUCAUGAAAUAUCAGACAAAAGUUCGAAAUGCGUUUAUGUUUCGCAAAGAUUAAUUAAGUAGGGUCGUAAAACUAGUCAGUCUGCAACAUAAUUCUAUAAUAUUUUACUUACCUCAGGAUGCCGGCUUUCGAAUGAACUUCCUUCUGCUGCAUUCAAAAACUACAUUCUGUAAAAUAUGACUACUCACGUAGCAUGAAUUUUUCUCGUUGAUUUUCAAUGUCCCUAAAAGUUCAACUAUAUUUCCUGGAAAAAAUGCAUUAAUUUAUUCAUUCUUUUGCUCAUUCGGUAGGUACUUAAGUCUUUUUUUAAUUUUAUACCCGGAGGAGGGACAUAAUUCAGUUGUCCAAACGUUUUCCAAUUACCUUAUUAUUUUGAACCCGCUCUAUCGGUAUACUUGGAUUCAGGGUUUCCGAACUACAAGCCGUAUACUUUCUUCGUAAGAAAAGCCACACAUGUCUCUACGAUAAUAAAGGGACCAUACAGGGUUCAUAAAACUCAGUAGUGGAUUUGAUCUAUAUUGUUGACUUUACAAGCCACAUUGAUAAAUGCAGAGACAUGACGAUUUAUGAACGGCCCUUUCACCUUAUUUAAAAGUCCCAUAAUUGGAAACGUUUCUAAAGUCAAAUUAUGUCCCUUCUUCGGGUAUAAAAUCAGAACAAGACGUAAUCUUCUACCGAAUGAGCGAAAGAAUGAAUAUUUUUAUGGACGUUUUUCAUGAAAUAUAAUUGGACUUGUAGGGGCAUCACUGAUCAAUGAGAAAGAUGCAUGCUACAUACGUAAUCAUUUUUUACAGUCUAGUUUUUGCAUGCAGCCGGUGGGAAGUUCAUUCUAAAGCCGGCAUCCUGAGGUAGUUGAAUAAUUAUAGAAUUAUGUUGCAGGCUGACUAGUUUUACAACCCUACUUAGUUAAUCUUUACGAAACGAAAACGCCUUUCGGAAUUUCGGCUGACAUUUCACGAGUUAGUCCACCUACUUUACGUUAAAGAACUACUGAGAUCAGACUACAGAAGCUAAAUUUCUUCGGAAAUAAAGGGAACAAUAAACCACUAGAGCCACUGAGAUACGGCGUUUACUGAAGAAGAGCGAUGAAUUUUUAAUGUUAGGAGGCCGUGGGACCUUGUAGGUGCCAGAAGUGCGACAUCGAGAUGACACUUAAAUAAGCAUCUCAAACUUUGCCUGCAGAAUAGUUAAUUCAACGUGGCAAUAAAGAACUCUUACUUCAGUUUUCGCAAUUCAGGACUCAAGUUAUACAGAUGACACAUAAAAUGAGAUAAGAAGGCAAACGGCCUUAAUAAGUUAUUGUCACCAAAAUGACUAAAAUAUCGAUAGUGUCAAAAUUUCACUAAAAGUGUCUUGAGUCUUUGUAUGUAUAUACUCAUCACGAACUUACUGAAAGAAAAUUUUUAAAGCUUCCAUUUAUUUGGGCCCACAUGGGAUAAAACGUGUAAACAGUUGUAAGCAACAAUUAGGUUAAAAAGGAAAAGUCCGCUAGGUCAAUGCCCCCCAAGUUUUUAAUAUGCACAUACCUCUAAAGUCGCCUGUGUUUGUCAGUUGAUUGUGAAAAAAGUAAAACUAAUUCGCUCAUUGGCGAGGCAUUCCUCAAGUUAACGAUACUAAGGGACUGUCGCCAGCACAUUAGGAUCACUAAGGUAAAAAGUCACUCGUCACCCAUAUCGGUAUUUCGUCGUCUAAGUUUUCCACCGCGGGGCAGUAUCCGCAGGCGCAAGGAGGCAUUCAUCGUCUUUAGCCAAAGGAGGAUUGGGUUAACAUUUACAGAGGUGAAGGAAUGACGGGAGUGUAUAAGUCUAGCCGGCGUAUGUGGAUGACGAUACGCACCGAUGCAUUUAACUAUGAGUUCGCCUGCCUCGUUACCGAGAGCGUAGACGAAGGCGACAAUUACGCAGCCGAACAGGUGCAAGAAACAUGCUCGUCAGACGCUCAUUCGACCGACAAGUUCCCCAAGCUCAUGCAACAUUUCGAAUGAAGAUUGCAGGAAGAAAAACUCCCCAACAGGUCACCCUUACAAACAUUAGCUGUUGGGCAACCGCUUGUCUUGGUCAUGCUGGCGUCCAUUCUUGGGGUCGAUGUUGAACAAGAGCGAGGUCAACGAUAUCACAAAGGCAAAAAGAUGUCAGUGGACAAUAGGAUGUGGAUUUCGACGAAUUUAUCCAUUCUUGACGAUAAAAUUUAUAAUAUACAGAAGGUGGGCUAACUCAUGAAAUAUCAGCCGAGAUUUCAAAAUGCGUUGCCGUUUCGAAAAGAUCAAUUAAGUAAAGUUGUAAAACCAGUCAUUGUAUAACAGAAUUCUAUAAUAAUUCAGUUACAUCAAAGUGCCGGCCUUUGAAUGAAUUUCUUGCCGACUGCACGCAAGUACUACCCUCUGCAAAAAAUGGCUACUUAUGUAGCAUGCAAGUUUCUCAUUGAUUUUCGAUAACCUUACAAAUUCGCUUAUAUUUCAUGGAAAAUAUACAUAAAAAUAUCCAUUCUUUUGCCCAGUGAGUAGAAAAUGCCGUAUUUUCCCAAUAUUAUAAUCAAAGGAAGAUAUAAUUUGGUUUUGAAAAGUUUCUAAUUGGGCAAUUUUUUUGAUACCCUGAAAUGGCCUCAUAAAAAUGUCAUGUCUCUGCAUUUACCAAUGUAGCUUGUAGAGGUAGCAAUAUGACCCAGAUCAACUGUUAAAUUUUAUGAACUCCAUAUUGUUUCCUCCUAAUACCGUAAAGAAAUGGAUGGUUUUUUAUACUCAGAAAAUAUACAGCUUGUAGUUUGGAAGCCCUGAAUGCAAGUGUAAUGACAAGUCGGGUUCAAAAUUAAUCGGGAAUCGGAAAAGUUUUUGAAAACCUAAUUCUGCCUUUCUUUCGGGUAUAAAAUCGAAGGCAGACGUCAUUUUCUACCGAAAUAGUGAAGAACGAAUAUUGUUUGGAUGUUUUCCAUGAAAUAUAGCUGACUUCUUAAGCGCAUCGAAAAUCAAUGUGAAAAUUGCGCGCUACAUAAGUAGUCAUUUUUUUGCAGAAUAUUGUUUUUGCGUGCAGUCGGAAAAAAGUUCAUUUGAAAGCCGGUACCCUGUGGUAAUUGGAUUAUUAUAGAAUUAUGCUGUAAAACGUUUAGUUUUACAACUCUACUUAAUUAAUCUUUUCGAAACGGGAACGAAUUACGAAACAUCGUUGAAAUUUCACGAGUUAGUCCACUUACUGUAUCUUUCGGAAAUACAGACCUAAUGGAAAGACGUGCACUGUGGUAUACUGAGAAUAACUAUUCGUUGUACCCUUGCUGCAUCUGUGCUUCUCAGAGGCUGCCAACUGCUUUCUUCACUGCAAACGUUUGCAAUUAUCAGUUUUUAGUUGAAGCGUUUAAUUUGCACGUCGGUUUUAUUGAAACAAUGUCAUUUGGGGAUUCUUCACACUUUACGACGCGUGCUAACGCACUCUCCGUCCUGAUUUGACUUGCGACCACGGAGUUGGCAACAGGUGUAUGAGCCUGCGAAGGCGUUUAUACGCGGCGGAGUUAAGUGUCUAUUUUCUGCCAGACACACCGACGCCUAGCCCAGGCGACUGUUGAGACAGCUCGCGUUUUCAUCAUAGCUCAGUUGAGCUAACAGGUGAGGUCUUCUGAAAAGGUCAGACUGAUUGCGCUUUUGUUACCACGGCUGACAUUAAACCCCGAGUCUCCGUCAGAUUUGCCCAAUUAUAGUCUCAGAGUGACUCACUCGCAUAAUCCUGUCUUGACAUGCACCAGCAUUUUGCCCUCAGUAAAACUCUUUAUUCAUCGCGACCUUCGUAAUUAAGGAAAGCGGAGCUGGCUUGCCGAAAAUUACCUGAAAACGGGUUAAUACUUGAAUAAUGUUUGAAAUAUAAACACAACCGUCGUUUAUUAGAUUGUGACUACUAGCAUACUCCCAUUACGUUUCUCCCCGUCUCCCAAGGCAUGGUUUAUUAAGUUUAAAUGACCUAAUCAUCUCUACAAAAUUAGAUGAGACAAAUAAAAUGUCAGACUUGUUUAGCAGGCUGCGUUUUUGAGAAGUGUAAAAAUAAAUGGGCGAAAAAGAGGCAUUUACUUAGCUCAAAUGAGUGUCACUCAAAUAACACAUUCGAGCUUGACCCUUCUCAAAGGAACAGUACGGAAAAUGAGUCUGACUGGACCAAUGUACUGCGCAUGAACAUUGUGUGGUAGGCAAAAAAUAAGAAACUAGAGAUUGAACCACCGAUCACGUUCAACUAAUAAUAAUUAUUCAUCAACGCCUUGCAACCCGCUUUCAUCAUUGUUUUCGGUUGUAGAACAAGAAGUUAAAUGGGUCCUAUGUUCGUCUGCACCAGAGUGGCAGCAUUCUAUUACGUUUUACGUUUGCUGAAAAGUCCUGGUAGGACUGAACGUAAUUUAAUUAAUAAAACAUGAUGACCAAUACCCAGAUACUCAAUCAGAGAUACUUCGGACGAUGUGCGUUUCGGUGUUAACUUAUGCGUUGCGCGCAACCCUCUUUCUCACACAGAAUAGGUUUCUAAAUCAUUUUUACCAGUGUAAAAAAGAUUCAUGGGCAGAAACGCUUCUUUCGAUUCACUAGCAUUUUUUAUGGCAAGAAGUGACAAGGACUACGUUUGCACGCUUCCGCGUGCCCAUCUAAUGGAGGAAAUUACUUUGCAUAGAGAUGUGCGUCUAAACCUUUAUUAAAUUCAAACUUAAUUUGCAAGGCCGGUAAAUCGAUGAAGGUUAGAUGUCUUUAACUAAGCUACACCCACAAGACAGUUAUUAUCCCCUAAAGAAUUUGAAUUUUUAUUGUUAGCAUAAAUCCUUGGCGCAGAGAUCAACAAAAAAUUAUCCGCAAUUUCCGAACAUGCCUAAAUAUUCCAUAAGUAAUAGGUAGAAAGGCCACCGUAAUUUGGUCAUUUUAAGUUUAAGUGUAAGCCAAGAUACCUUUAGCGGAAACGUAUGUUUGUUAAUAAGUAAUUUAGAAAUAAGACGGCACCGCGCUAAAUAUAUGGAAAAUAUUGUAGCAUUUACAUAGCCGUUCGGUUCUCGGUACUAGCCUUUACCAUAAAGGUAAAGGCUAGUACCGAGAGCCGAAUAGUGCUAAAGAGAAAGGUUUCAAAUGAAAACAAAAUAAUGUAGUUUAGUUUGCGGGACAAGUCUCGCAGUAUUAAUCGGAGGAGUACAUAAGUAGCUUUGACUUCAAUCUGUAAAUAAUAUUUAAAGAAAUAACUUAACAGAGAAAAAAAUUUCAUUUAAUCUUGAGAGUUUGCAUCAUGAACAUUAUCAGGAGCAUCAUCUUCUUUUAUUUAUCCGGCCUCACGUCUAGCUGGGACUGUGACUGCAACCAAAACCACCAUUUAUAGAAUACGUCUGCUCGCAAACUGAUUGGCUGAGUAAAGCUGUUAAAAUACAUCCUAUUUUGCGACUUCCCUCAAUCGUAAGGUACAAGACCUGCCUUUCUAGGCGACCAGUAGAAAAUACUUAGAAUCGAAAUGUGUCCACAGCAAACUCAUGAACCACUUACGGUCCAGCGCAGUCCACUGGCAGCAGAAAGCACAGAGUAGUUUUUCGGGAGAAAUGUUUUCCUAAUAUGGAUUAAAGAAUAUGCUCAUGAUCGCAUCUGCUAAUUUGCAUUUUCUACUUACUGACCGGCCUUCUACGUGUGAGCUUAGGAAAAAGUUAUCUUAAUUUUCCAUCUGUGAAAUAAAACAAAUUUACCCGAAAUAAUUUUAUCACUAUGAAUGCAAUGAGGAAAGGGCUUAGGGUAAACCUCCGUGCAUAGAUUUUCAAACCUUCGUUGAACACAGAAUGAUCGACCGGCCGUCAUACUUUACAUUGCUCUAGUCCUCUAAGAACGCUUUUUCCAAUAAAUAGGUUAAAUAUUUGUGUCAAAUGUUAGUGUGGUCAUAUCCUCUUAGUUACUCUAUUGAUAAAAAUGGGUGAGUAUUUUGUACCUUCGCAAAUUAAUUUUAUUUUUAUGCUACUAGUUUAUGCGUUUAGGGUAUUUGUGUAUUUUAUGCAAGGUUGUUACUUAGACCAAAGCAGUAUUAUUUUUACUGUUUAAUUCAUACGCUCACCUGACUGAGCUUCCUUCUUCCUUGAUGUAUGGUGUUGGCCAAUACGUUUUGAUUGACUCCUAAAUUAUGCGAGACCUCUUCUGUAUUUUUCCCUAUUCCAUAACUUAUAACAUCUAAUGUGAUUGUAUACGGCUGACUCUACGGAAAGCUUAAAACCAUCUAUUUCGGAAAAAUUUGAAGUAAUAUUGCGCAAGAACACUAUGAUAAAAACACUGUUGAGUUAUUUUGUCUCCCGAAGCAAAAAAUAAGGAGUAAGUGACGUUGGACUUGGAGAUUUUGAUGGAAAAACAAAAGUUUAAGAAGUUAUUAAACAGAGCAAAUAAGAAUGGUAGUUCUGAUUUGCCUCGUCCAAAAAUCCUUCGAAGGAAAGCCGUUUCCUGCGACAAUCAUAUUUACGGUUUCGAACGUCCAGCUAACACGAAUUGAGUUCCGCAAGCGGACACCGUGAUUCGUUUGAGACCUGCCAGCGGAUGUGUAACUGCAUAUGUGGAAGAUUUGCCCCUUUCCUUCAGCGUGCGGUAGCUAUCCUAUCAGCCGUAGCUGUCCCUCAAAGUCUAUUCCUUGGUUAUCAUAUGCCCUGCUUGCAUAUUGUAUCAAAGCAAAAGUUAGGAAGAUCAUGGAAUUGUCUUCUUCAUCAAGAGGGGUUGAUUUUAGCACAUUGUUUUUUUCAGGAGUUGCAUCGUUUCCUAAAAGUUCUUCUGAGUAUUUGAAUUCCUCAGGAUUAGAUUCAUGGGACCUUUUACACCGCCAGCAGUAACAGAUUAUGUAUUUGUUCAAGCGAAAAGGUCCCGUCUUUCGUAGAUGAUUGACGUUUUGUGAUUUUCGAUGGUUAGAAUAACAAUUUCUGUGUGCAUGCGAUUCCAUGAUUGUUUAUUUUGACCUUUGCUGAAGCAUACAUCUAAUCUGGAUCUUAAGUUCAUUUAGAUAAAGCAGUAGCGUGGUUUUUAAUAAACUGUAUGGAUUACACUAUAUUCUAACAUCAGAUUCAUAGGCUUGGCGAAUGUGCAGUGGUAUUAUGCUUUUUUAUGGGACCGUCUUUAAUGUCUGCCGCGGACGUAUGUCCGAAGGAAUACUUUGCGGACCUGUUUUUGUUGGAUAACGAUAUUUUGUGCAACAAAAGCCGCAGAAUUUUGUGCGGUGUAGGUGAUAUAAUAGUAAGGCUCAAAGACAAUGCCACCCUUCAAAAGGACACUAUCAACUUUGUACGUAAAAAUAUUGUCUGGUAACAUGACCUCCGCCCACUGAAUCAUACAUUCAAGUUGGUGGAGCGGAAGAAUGCCGACACAGCGGACCUAUAGUAGUGUAUAGGUGGUAUAGCCCAAAAAUAUUGAAUUGCCACUUUUUUAGAGUGUGUGCUAAUUUUCCAUCAAGUCAAUAAUAACUUUCACUAUAUUUCACAAAUCGCGGAUAUCGAUGACCAUCUAAAUAUGCAACAAGGCAACUUAUCGGUAUACUCAGAAACAAAUAGUCCGCUUUAGGUAUCAACUAUGUGCAUCCAGCGUAAACCCUAGUUUAACAUUGUUGACUGUAACGAACAAUAUACGGCUUUCGGGUGUAUUUUUAUAUCUUUCUGCCAGUCAACAUUUCUACUAACGAUUGUAUUCAUUUAAAAUUUGCAGUCUCGAAUUCGUCACCCUGAACUCAGCGUCUCCAUUGUUCUCUGUCUAAUUUGUGAUGACUGUGGUUUCUAAGGAAUUUUAAGGAGCUUCUGAUCUCCAAAGCCAGCCAUAUCAUUUGAAAACAGAAAGUUUUGACCUUUAGUGUGGUGGUGCAUCUGAGCGCAUAUCAACACGGAGUCAGUGGCAUUUGAAGCAUUCUUUCAUUAGCGGGAUAGGAAUUGAAAAAUCUAAGUGUUGCGUGCAGUAUUUGCCAGUAUAAGUACCUUCCAGCUUUUCGGUUGACUAGACCUAAUGCGCUUAUAUCGGUACACAAAUCACACUUUAUUCAUAUGCAUUUACUGCUUGAUGGAGACUUCUUUAUUUAAAAAUGUUUGCCAGCAUCUGGGGGUAUAUUUUUGAAGUGUUCCUUAGCAUCUUAGUUUCCGCAAACAUAUACCUAAUGAAGACAGGGGCAUCUCUCAUGCAUGCCUACGGAUCCCGAGAAAUAUCAGAUAAUUCAGUUUGAAAUGGUAGCACAUACGAUUUUAGCAAGCCUGCGUCCGAACAAAUGCCGACUGUAUGGUUUAGGGUUAACGUACUGUUUCUGAUCUUUUUAAUACUAGGCUGAAAUUAUAUUGUUUGACCACCUGCUUUAUUAGAUUAUUUUGUUCCGCCACUCGUGCAUACUGCUUUUGGCAAGAAACGUGUUGGGAAAAGAAGACGGCAGGUCUUAAACACCGUCUGCGACGACUAACGGCCUCACUUAGUGCUAAUAAGCCGCCAAAACAUGCGGCAACAUCAAGAUUGCACUGAAAGGACAACAAGAAAAAUCAUAAAUUAUUCCCUGCCGCAGUCGGGCAAAAGAACUGCUACAAAAUAAUCCUGUCAAAAAAUCAAAGAUAUGCAACAAGGCAUCUCUAGCCAGUGAACAGAGUACGAUCAGAGACUGUUAUUUCGGCUGCAGAACAACGGCUGCACUUACAUGCCUCUAAUACCCGUAUGGUAGCUAAGAAAUCUUCAACCAUAAUAUUUUGAGGCAUCUAUAUUAACCUUAUUCAACCUUUCUCAAAUGAUUUUUUUAACUAGUUGGACAUUUAAAGGCAUACGACUUUCCUUUUCUCGAUAAAACUGAACUGAACGCUUACCUAGUGAGGAUUCAAAAUUGUUCUUGCGACAUAAAAAUUGCGCGAUUAUGCACUUUCAGCCAAAUCAGAUGGAGAAUGCAUUGAUGCCAGAGCUAAAACUUCAUUUUGCGAUGCCAUCGAAGGAAAGCUAUCGAUAUUAAUGGGGCACGUUUGGGUGAAAAAUGACCUGCCGAGCAUGUGGCACUUUAAAUCUGACCAGAUCUGAAAUUUUGACCGUUCUCUGUGUGGAAAAAUGGUAAAGUAAGAUUGAUGCAGAUGGGCAUGUCCAGAAUUUAAUCAAGAAAAAUUGUGCACAAAACAGAGGAUUACGUUUGCGUCAACCUGCAUUGCCUGAAACAAAAUUGGCGUUAUGUUGGGACAGUUUUGAUAAGAAAGAUGGGACGUUAGUUUUUCCUUCGAUGAUCUUGACAAAAUUAUUUUAUCGUAAGACCUUCUACAAAGGCAGUUAGCCUUCGGUAGGCAACCGUUUAAAUUGUAAUAUCAUGUUCUUUAGGAUCAGACCCUGCUAACCCAAGUAAAAAAAAAAACAAUUCAAUCGUUCACUCUGACCCAACUGUGAAAAACUCGAUGCCUCGGUGGGAUCCGAACUCAUGACAGCAAGGGGAGGCUUUAAUACAGCCAAUGCUCUAACCAUCUGACUUACGAGGCUCCAUCGGAAGACGCGAGUUUAAUCAUAUUUGGGUCACGUUUACCCGUCCAACCUACUACAACGUCUGGAAUCCACCAAGUCUGAUACAGUAAGCUGGCUGCCCAGGCAGGAUUUCCUAAGUAAUACCUUUACACUCCACCAGAUGACUACCAGGCUCACGUAAUUCAGAGGUGUUUUGGCAGAUUAUUUUAAAUCUGUCAAAACACCUCUGAUUCCAAUCCUUGUUACUUUGUACCGUAUGAACAACAGCACCAGAUAUGUAAAAAAGGACCGCUUUGCCAUGCAAUUUCCGCUUACGGCAACAAUGGCGAAGAGAUUGGCUGCGCAGAGCGCCCCUCGUCGGAAGUGAGCACCUAACUGUUUGCACGUUAGCCAAGGAUUAAAGUUCAAAAACUUGAAAAAGCCGCAGAUUUGGAACGGAAGAAGUUCUGAAGUCAGGGUUGACGUUAGACAAAGAAUGCCGAUAGGCCAGUAUUCUCACCUGUUCCAAAAAGCUGUUGUUACCUGUCCACCGCAAAUACACAUUUGAAGUGAAAAAGUAACAGAUCUCACACAGUUUCAAUUCUCCACCAAGCAGAUGCGUUGUUGUUUUUUUCUAACUAUUUAACUGCAUUUUACAUGGAAUUGGGGCUCAUUAUAACAUUCACACGACAAAAUUUCAAGCCAUUAUACGUUUUUACAUUCUGUACAGUCGAAAUGUUAGCAUCAGUGGUGUAUCGUGGAAGGACCCGAAGACAAUGCUUUCAGUGUGGAAUUCUCAUUACGAAAGGGUUUAUGAGAACUGCGCACGCGCUGGACCAGAUCGUUGUAUGGCAGUUCGUUAUGAGCAAUUGGUUUUACGACCGCGUGAAUCAAUGAAGAAGGUUCUCGGUAAGCAAAGGCUGACUAUAUUUGCACCUGUAUUCUAAAGGCCCCGAUGGCAAAAAACGUUACCGUGCGCGACUGAUCUCAUAAAAUGUUGGCUCAAAUUAUGAAAUGUGUUUUGGAAUUAGGAAGGAUCAAUAAGGAGGCGUUGCAAAAUUAAUCACUUUAUGGCAUAAUCUCAUAGUAUUGCGGACUCGCCAGGAUGACGGCUUUUGAACGCAAUUCUUUUCGACCUCCUGCAGAAACGACGCUCGGUAGACAAUGGCUAUUUAAGAAGCAUGCAUUUUUCGCAUUGGUUUUCGAUGGUUUUAUAGAUUCAAGUAUAUUUUAUAGAAAACAUGCACAAAGAUAUGCUUUCUUCUACCCGUUUUGUAGAAAAUCACAUUACAUCAAAUUACAUUUUAUGCCCUAACGAAGGUCAAAUUUUUUCUUCAUAUAAGUUUCUAAUUAUGAGAUUUUUAAGACCGUGAGAUGUCCAUAUAUACAGCGUCGUAAUGGACCAUUUAUUAAUGCUGCCCACGAAGUGUACAUUAUAGCCCACAUCCACCGCAAAAAUUUAUAACCUCUGUAUAGCGACGUCCUAGUAGCAUAAAGGAAUUUACGAUUCUCCUUACGCGGAAAGCAUUUACCUUGUAGACUAGAAUCAGUGAGUGCUAAUGCAACGGCUGCUCUGGCUCACAAUUAUUCGGGAAUUGGGAAACAUUUUCCAAAACCUAAAUAAAAACUUUCUUCCGGCAUAAAAGAGGACGAAAUGUGAUUUUAUACCAAAUGAGUAAAAGAAAGCAUAGCUUCGUGCAUGUUUUCUAUAAAACUUAUUUGAAUUUAUAAUACCACUGAAAAUCAAUGUGAAAAAUGCAUGCUACAUAAGUAGUUAUUUUCUACCAAGCGCCGUUUCUGCAAGAGACCGAAAAGAAGUAAAUCCAAAGACCGACGUCCUGGCAAGUCCGAAAUACCCUUAGAUUAUUACAUAAAAUGUUUAAUCUCACAGCGCCUCCUUAUUUAUCCUUUUAAAUCGAAAACGCACUUCAUAAUUUUGGCCAAAAUUUCAUGAGAUCGGUCACGCACUGUACAUCAUGGUUUUCUGGCUUAAAGUUAAAAAAUGCUUUGAGGCGUGGUCGGAGACUCAUAUAGAAAUCCUCUACCAGUACACUGGUGGGAGACAACCUCUAAUACGGGGAUGGUUUUGGCGGUAGGAUGUGGUUAUAUAGCCCUGCCUGACGGACACAGUACUGUUGGCGUUGGGGUUGGGAUUGGAAGCUAGGGUUAGCGGCCAUGAUUAGGGCUAGGGAUUAGGGUUGGGGUUUGGGAUUAGGGUUAAGCUUUAAAGUUAGAGGUUUGAGUGAGGGUUAGGGCAACUAUUUCAAAACCCCUCAAAGUACAACCGCGCAUUUCCGAUAGCUUUUCUUUUGAAUACAUCCCCAUCUGUAAAAACCCCUAUUACCACCGGUCUUGCAUUACAGGUGGCUGGGGUUUGUUUACUCCAAGUGGGGCUGCAUUACCACACCAGACUGGUAUGGCUUCGUUAGAGAACGGACAGUAAGGUUUAAAUUAUGUAGAAAGUCAGAAACGCAUAAUAACUCCAAGUGCCUGAUUAAAUGCUCUAAUAAGUUGUGAAUCCAACCUUGCGUAACAUAAGAAAUGGCUAAGAGGCGAUAUCGCCAUCAUAUAAAAGCCCUGCAUUAGUGGAAAUGGCCGAUCACUCGAUCCGGAAACGGAAUAGUCAAUGAUUUGUUAGUAGAACUUGUCAAAGUCAGAUCAUUUCAGUCACUUUUAUCACCAUUCACAUAUUAUAAAUAGUCUUUCGUUAAAGUACUGGUGCGCGUAUAUAAAUACAGCCUUAUGAACCGCGUAAUAGAUAAACAAAAAGGAUCUAAGCACGAAAUUAUAUUUUUAUCGGGCAUUAUUGUGAAAUAUAGAUGGAGAAGAUAUUUUUAAGAUGCUUGACUUAAUUGCUUAGCCAUGCAUCCGUGUUCUGGCUGGGUAGUGAUAUUGACAAAGUGCUGUCUAAGAGAAUUUCAAAAGUAAAAUCAGAGCCUCGUGGGGGCUGUUCGACACGGAGAAAAUGAGUUAAAAGUUACGAUAUAUUGCUCUGAUCAUUCACUAGAUGGUUUUAAACGCAUAAAAUAUCUACAUUUUAUCGCAUUAAAAAUCCAAAACCUUGCACAGCAAUAUGGCGUUAACAGUAAUUCAAUAUAUGGAAGGGCCAAAAACGUGGGUAGACCACAACAAGUGACUUGAUGAUUAUCACGUAGAAAUUAGUUUUAAGAAAAAGGUCAGGGGUUGUCAUUUUAAGUUUAUCUGCAGCUACAGGGCAGCAAAAGCGUAUGUACAUUUCCGAGAAACCUAAAUUUAAUGUCAUAUUCCUUUGGGUGGCACAAAAAGCAUUCUGUCGAUAAAGAUCUAGAACCAUGCUCUGCGCACUGUGACAAGAGACGUUUAGGCACCAAUAUGCGUAGUGUUCGCCGACUUACCUAAUUACCGAAUAAAAUAUGAAAUUUCAAACUUUUCCUAGGUUUUCAGUAGGUUUAUUGGGUGAGUUUGGAAUCAAAAGCAGACAGUAAUGAUUCCAUGCUGCCAGUUGGAGAAAUUUGUAAAUAUCUCAAUAUUCUCCCAUUUUUUUCGUGUUUCAGAAUUUUUGAACCUUCCUUGGGAUGAAAUCGUGCUGAAUCACGAAAAGAAAGUUGACGAUCUCGCGCUUGUAAAGUAGGCUUUUGUUUUUUUUAUGAUGGACGAUUUUCUGAAAAAAAACAUGUUUUAUAUAUAUACGACAGUGCCUUUAACUGAAGUUCAGAUAUUUAAUAAAACAGUAGACGGAAUGCAAAUUUGUCCCUGUUAGGCAAACCAUUAAUAAAUCGAAUUUUCAAAAACUUAACACGUUGAUGUAGAUUGAUCUCACAUAUCACAUUUACUUUGUACAACGCCUGACCAUAAGAAAAAUGUAAAUUAAAUAACGAAGAAAAAUUCAUUUGAAGGAACUGAUGACUGAGAGAAUUUAGAGUUAACCUAGUGCACAUGAUGUCCGACAUAUUAGAGCCGUUUUUACUUUGGGGUCCAUGAUUCUGCUCAAAACGUCUUAUCCUGAAUGUAAUAUGCUAGUUAGCGUGUUCUAGUCGGGAUUUUAGGCACUUGUUCGAUUGCUAAUGUAAGCUGCCGAGUUAAGGCAAGUUGAUGGACUGUCUUAUCAAAUGUUAACCGGUACCCUGAAAUGUGGUUCUGAUUAAAAAGGACUACUUGAGCUAUAUUGUAAUACCGAUUGCAAUGCGGGACGUCAGCUUUUAAAUGAGUUUCCUUUAGGUCGCCUAAUAAACCAUGCCCAGUAAAAAUUAGCUGCCUAUGUUGUAUGAUUUUUGCCCAUUGAAUGUGCAUACCCUUACGAAUUCAAACAUUUUUCAUAGUAAACAUGCGCAAGAAUAUUCCUUUACUAAGCCGUUUGACGAGACAAAUGUGAUGUACGACAAAGCUUGUCCUUAUGUUUUGAGGACGUUUUAUAAUUCCCGAUUAACUGCGAAACCAACCAGCCCUCACAUUUGUGUUUAGGGCUUCAUACCCCCUGUCCUGUACUUUUCGUGCAAUGAAGAUACUGUAUUUUAGCGUGCCAUUAAGAAGACAUCAUACAGGGUUCAUGAAAUGUCAUUAUAGAUGUGGACUGUGAAGCAUAUUUUAUAAGCAACACGAAUAAACUUACUUAACAAUGCUUCUCGAUUAGACUUUUUACUGUCUUAGAUGAUCUUCCUGUUGGAAAAGUUUUGAAAGCAAAAAUAUCCUUUCUUUAAAUAGCAUCUUCGAAAAGGGCGUACUUUUUUGCAAAAUGAACACACUGAAGAAUGGGUCUAUGUAUGCUCUCUCUAAUAUAAAUUAAUUUAUGAAUGCAUCAGUAGCAAAGGUUAAUGAAACAUAAAUGGCAAAUUUCCACUAGGCGUACCUUAUUCAAACGACCUGAAAGAAACCAAUUUAAAAGCCAGCAUUUUGGCUUGACUGAAAUAUUUUGGGAUUACGUCGCACGACAAUGAAUAUUCAACCUCAUAUGAAUAAUAGAAAAAGGGGCGCUUACCGAUCGUUUUCUCGGAACCCACUCGUUCCGUUGUGCCUCACGGGCUCCCUCUCAAGCCCAAACAGCAGCUGAACAGCGGUCCAUGAUAUAGGCAGAAUGUUAUCAACAAAGACAAGGGAGACUGUAAUGACCAUUUCUGGCUUAUAAACCUUGGGCAGAUUGUCACACCCAAACCCGAAGUGCGCGUUCUAGAGAGCGCCCGUUAGACACAACGCGACGUGUGAGUUCCGUAGAAACGAUCAGUGAGUGCCCUCCUCUCGCAUCGCAUAUUGCCGAUCGCAACGGACAGGACAACCAACUCGCGGCUCAGUGGUUAGAGGCGUUGGAGGUCUAAUCAAGAGGUCGCGAGAAUGAACCCCAGAUAUUCCACAUUUUGGGGUUUGGUAUGACUGGCUGGCGACGGCUAAUAAGCCAGAAAUGAUCAUUCCGUUAACAAUUUAUGAGAUAGUCCACCUACUGCAUUCCGACAAUUUAACCCUGAUAGCAGAGGAAAAAGGUGUCUGCGUAUUGGUUCGACAUCGUGGGAAGUACGUUUAGGAGGCGGGAUUUGCAAAUAAGAACUGUAGUUCAUCACCGGUUGCUUGGAAUUAAGGCGUGCACUAAGGUUUACGGAUGCUGAUAUGAAAAUCAAUUGAGUUGCCUGCGGAAAACUUUGGAAAUAAGGUGUCGCCAUUGAGUCACGUUUAAACCCCCCACUCUGCUUAAAAUAAUCAUUUUCGAAUGAAAACAUUCCUAAAUAACAAAGUGUCAAUCAGGUUAAAGUAAUCUUUUGCACUCAGCCCCUACAAUGUAGCGUUACAAUUCCUACGUACAUCGGCAUCCAUCGACAUACGAGAUUCUCCCUUGCCAGAAUAAUCCGUCACGUUGCGUAUGGUGAACUUCAGUGCAACCGCAAACGCCGUGACCAGAAGUAUUCACUGGCACCAGGCAGAUUCACUUUUAGAAUUUGUUGUGUGUUUAAAUAAAACGUCGAAAAAUACAACUCACAGCAAGGUACUUUUGUAUGCCCUCCAUGGAGUUUACAAUGUUCACAGGAGUCAUGAGUCUCCAGCUCAUGGAUACACCAUUGUUUUGAUACGCCUGCCCAGAACGUAGUAUCUUAGUAUUCAUACUGUCCAUUUUUUUCUCAUUUAAGGAAGGAAAAGAGCACAAACCAGGUUGUUUAUCCUAUCUACAUGAAUGCUCUAACAGACUGGGCAAACGACCAAACAAUUAUGACGCCCGAAUUACUGAGUGAGAUGGCGGACCUGUCUAUGCUCCGGAAGUUUGGCUACAGCGAGAUGGGCAUGCCGCCAAACUAUGGUACCCCCGAACCCGAAGUAUUGAAAAAGUCUGCAGAGCUUCAGAAGAGUGUUGACUUUAAGAGACUGUUUCAUGAACCGGUCUAG